AUGGCCUCUCUGUCCACAUGUGUUGCUCUUCGGACUCUACAUCCAGCCCAAGCUCGCGCGAGCACUCGAAACAAUCGUAAAAGAAUCCCAAGAAAUCUCCCUCGAAACCGAAAUCCCAAGCUCAAACUUCGAACUGGUUGCGAUGGAUUGCCACCGCUACCGACUUCACCCGUUGAGUUCUCUGGUGGAGGAGAAGCUACCACUUAUACUCAUCUUCCCCCGAAGGAAGACUUCGUUGAUGAUUUGGUCCAGUCUUUGAAUUUAGUUUCAAGCGAAGUGAAGCUAUCUGAUUUUGGGUCUAUGAAGAAUGCGGAGAAUGGGGAGAAGAAGAGUUUGAUUCAUGAAAAUGACGGUGGUAUGGGUGAUUCAGGGAGCGAUGAAGAGGUUGUAUAUGCGAACUUGGAGUUUGAUUACGGAGAAUUUGAGUUACUGUACGAAAAUUCUGCUUUUGAUAACGAUGACAAUGAUGAUAACGGUAACGAAGUAUUAGGGUUUGAGUAUAAGAAGCCGGAGAGCUUCUUGGACGGUGAAGAGGAUUUAGAAGGGGAAGAGAAAGAGAAAGGAGUACCGGCGGUGAUGAGAUGUUUCGAUCGGGUGAAAAUCUACGUGAAGGCUGGAGAUGGCGGAAACGGUGUUGUUGCCUUUCGGCGCGAGAAGUAUGUGCCGUUGGGUGGGCCGUCAGGUGGAGAUGGAGGGAGAGGAGGGAAUGUUUAUGUGGAGGUUGAUGGUUCUAUGAAUUCUCUGUUGCCCUUCCGUAAGAACAUCCAUUUUAGGGUUGGGAGAGGGUAUCAUGGGCAGGGGAAAGACCAAGCUGGCGCAUGUGAAAGCCCGUGA